AUGAGCAAGACCUCCCAGACCCAGGAACCGCGCUCCGAGCUGGAGAAGGCCAUGGAUAUCAUCAUUGAUGUCUUCCACCAGUACUCAAGGCGGGAAGGGGACAGGGACACCCUGACCAAGAGCGAGCUGAAGCUCCUGAUUGAGAAGCAGCUUGCAAACUACCUGAAGCACGUGAAAAACAAGGCCACCAUCGAUACAAUCAUGAAGGACCUCGACCUCAACAAGGAUGCGCAGAUCAGCUUUGGCGAGAUGAUGCUGCUGAUCGUCCGGGUGACCAUUGCCACCCACGAGCACCUGCAUGAAGUUGAGGACCAGCAGCACCAGCACAAACACCAGCACCAACACCACCACUGA